UCUGAGGAAAUUCUCUAGGCCUUUUAAUGUGACAAGAGAUACCAGUUUCUACUUGAUGGAGUUUAGAUACAGUUCUUUACUGUGACCAGACACCGGUUGUUGUUGAGUGACAAGUGGUAACACUCCAUAAAUCAAAGGAACAGUGUCAUUGUGGCAAAAAGUAGUCACCCCUAUUCUCUCAUAUGGUUAUGAGGUGAGAGUAGCUACCUAUUUCCCCCCUUACUUUCCUUUCUGUCCCCACCAUGUCUUGGUGGCUCUUUCCAUGGUCAAGUUCCAUCAAAAAACGAGCAUGCAGGUAUCUUCUGCAACAUUACCUUGGCCACUACCUGGAGGAAAGACUAAGUCUCGAACAGUUGAGCUUGGACCUCUACAAUGGAAGCGGACGUCUCUCUGACAUUCACCUAGAUAUCUGGUCGGUGAAUGAACUCCUUGAGUCCACUGGGGCUCCGCUAGAGAUCACUGAUGGCUUCAUUGGUAGUAUUUCUGUCACCAUACCUUGGUCUGCCCUAGUCACUGAAAACUGCACUGUGGAAGUUUCUGAACUACAAAUUACAUGUCGUCCAAAAUACAGGAAUGGUUCACUAGGUAGAGAAAGCCAUAGCUGGUCCUCCUGUAUGACCACCAGCAUGCAGCUGGCUCAAGAGUGUUUGAAGGAACAAGCAGAAGAACCAUCAGAUCCUCCACAGCCUAUUGAGGGCUUAGAGAUGUUUGCUCAAACUAUAGAGACAGUGCUGCGGAGGAUUAAAGUGACCUUUUUAGAUACCAUUGUCCGGAUUGAGAACACCCCAACAGAGGGUGAUGUGAAUACAGCCCUAGAAUUCCACAUAAAAAGACUAGAUUAUUGUGAUGAAGCUGUAAGGGACUGUUCCCAUGCAACUCCUGUGGAUAUCCAUCAACCUCCUGCUUUCAUUCAGAAGAUCCUGCAGCUGAAUGGGGUGUCACUCCAUUAUGAGGAGUUCAAGAACAGAGGCCAAACCCCGUCUGCCACUCCUGCUGCUGAGGAUAUCCACUUAUCUGCCCAGAAUAUACACCCAGAGUCAGUGCAUUUUUCAGCGACUCCCAGCCGGCCUGUGGAGCCCACAGACCCUUCCUUACCUGUCCUACAGAUCGGCAGCUUCUCUGGGUGUACAGAGCUUACCAUCAAACUGAAACAAAGUGAUGUGUUUCCUGGGCCAAAGCUUGAGAUAGAUGGAAAAAUGGGAUCUCUUCAUUUGUUCCUGAACCCACGUCAAAUAUGUAACCUACAGCAGCUUAUUGAUGCCUUGAGUAUUUCUGAAUCAAACAAUAUCAAAGAGAAGCUGUUAAAGAGUCGGCCACUGGAUAUGGAGGAUUUGAAACUAAUAGAGCAGGACCUAAAUCAGCAAUUGCACUCAGGACCUGGAUCUGUAUUUGUACCAGAUCCAGAACUGGUAUCGUUCCAGACUCUGGAGAAUGGAGAUAUGUUUUUUUCCAUGACGGCCAUGACAAACAGUGCCACUUCAAUCCGAUCUGCAAAUGAAUUGUCAGAUGUAGAUAUGGAAUCGUCUAUCUAUAGUGACUACAGUGUUACCCAACUUCAGAGCCCAGCUUUCACUCCUGGGUUGAUACUGGGCAGCCCCAGGCGUUACAGGCACUCUCCAUUCUCUGCCACACUACCUCCCUUACAAAACCUUCACAAGAUGCCAGGUAAAUCAUGUGCUCCAUCCUCGCUGGAGCCACUCAAACCUGAAAUGUUGCUGAAGCUGACUCUUGGCGGGCUCACAGUCACUGUCCCUCAUCUACUAGAUCAUACUAGAAUUGUACCAGACAUUUCCUAUCCAGAUGCUGUCAAGCACUUCUUCACUGAAUUGAGAUCCUUUCAGUAUUCAGCCUUCAGUGGACGAGACUUCAGGCAUCUUCGUGGUCAUUUUGAGAAAGCGUGUCAGCUGAGCAAUGUCAGAGUUACAGCAUUAGCUACUCAGAUUGUGUGUGAGCAGAGAUCUGGCACAGGGACACAACAGACCGGUUUUGACAUAAGCUUUGGGAUGCUGGAGAUUUUGGAAUGUUUGCAGCAGGGAAAGGACACCUCUAAUAAAGCAAUGGACCCGGAGUACACAAAGCUCAUGGUUUUCCAAAGUCCAGUAUCCUCUUCCCGUCCCUGCUGCCAGAUACACUACAAACAGGUUCACAGAACACCUUCCAGAAGCAGCCAUAAGAAACAGGCUGUAAAAGUUAACUCUGACAUCCUAGUGGAGCUGGAAGAAUUUCAAUGUGACCUUGAUCUUGGUUUGAUUGACCGGCUUGGAUCCCUCUUCCAGGACAAAGCUAUGCAGGAGAAACGCCCUGCUGAUCACCUUGACAUGCACACGAUGUUUGUUAAUCCUGCCCCUGAAGAAGAUACAGACAUUUGUGUGGUGGCUUCAAAAGCCCAUAUACAUCUCCAGUUUCCUGUACCAGACUUGAGGCCAAGCACAGAGCGCCGAUCAUGGACAGAAAAGGCUGUGAGACGGGAAUGCCUGGAAAUGGAGAUAGCAGACAUGAAGAUUCAUACCCAGAGGAAAACGGGGACAGAGGAACCCAGCAAGACAGAGAUAACAUUCGGUGACUUGCAUGGUGUCUUCACUGAUGGUGAGAAACAUAUCCCUUGUAUCAAAAUCAGUAAAGGCACAGAUCCGUUGGCAAAAGCUGGAGGAAAGAAGUAUACCCUUGCCACAAUUUCAAUAACCCUCCAACCCCAAAACAAAGCCUCUCCUUGGGAUUAUGAUCAGGACAAAAUGGAUGAUCCAGAUCUUCCAUCUGUUGAAAGCCCAUGUGAGCUGAAACAACCAGAGCCUUCACCAUUUUCAUCUAAGAGAACAAUGUAUGAAACAGAGGAGAUGGUUAUCCCUGCUGACCCAGAAGAAAUGGCAGAUUUUCAACAGGUUACAUUGACUUCAUCUCAGUACACACUUGAGGUCACUCUGCCCAGAGUUCACAUCUUCCUUCCCAGCAAGGACAUAUAUGAGAAUCUUUAUAACAGGCUGUGCAAUGACCUACUGAUGUGGGAACCAGUGUCUGUGAGUGAUUCAUCUCUGGCGGAGUCUCUGCUCCCCACCGAACAGCUUCACACUCCCAGUUAUAAGCCGGAUAUGUUCCGUAUGUGCAAGUCUGCAUUCAAGCUAGACUCGGACUCUGAAGAUGAAGACUCUCAUUUCUACUCUGUGGAUGAAGCUGCAAGGCUUAAGAAAGGAACACUUGGAGGCCACAGCUUCUUUUCUGCUUCAGUCACCAUUUUGCAGGGACGUAUCACAGCCUGGGCUGAAACCAAGGGAGAAGGAGGUAAGAGGUUGGAUGACCACCAUGGUGAGGUAGUUCUAGAUGUAGAAAAUGGACGGAUCUUCACUGUAUCCAAGUACAAAGGGAAAGAGGACCUCAGCUACUUGUGUAUAGAAUCGGACAAUGUGUCUCUGUAUCACAAAGCUGCUGUGGAAGAUUACUUACCGCCUGUGAGCCUUGAACUGCCCACAUUUAUGCCCCCUAAAAACUUGGACCCUACUAUUUAUCCCUCUGAGGAGGGCGUGUUGGCCCAGUUGUCGGGAAUCCGCAAAGAUAGAAAUUCAAAGAUGCUGUCCUUGGCUGUCCGAAUUGACCUUAACCUUGUGAAAAAUGUUAAGGAAUUCCUCGUAGCCUUGAGGUUAGAUGGUGCCACCCUUCGUCAUCACAUGGCAUUGCCCAACCAAAGCUGGCACAGUCAAAUCCUGGAUUUCUUAGAUGUAGUUGAUGAACCUAUCUUGGGAUACAGCACUCCAGCAGUCAUCACAGUGUUGCACACUCACCUUUUCAGCUGUGCCGUGGAUUACAGACCUCUUUACCUCCCUGUCAGAGUCCUGGUGACCGCAGAAACGUUUACCCUUUCCAGUAACAUCGUGGUAGACACCUCCACCUUUGUCCUCAGGUUUAUAUUAGACGACUCUGCCCUUUACCUGUCAGAUAAAUGUGACACUGAUAUUACCGAUUUAAGGAAAGAUUUUGUCUGUGUUCUGGAUGUGGACCUUUUGGAGUUGGUUAUCACUACAUGGAAGGGGGACACGUCCUCAAAACUGUCCCAGCCUCUCUUUGAACUGCGCUGCUCUAACAACGUCCUCCACAUACACACCUGUGCCGACUCCUGUGCUAUGUUGGUCAACCUUACCCAGUAUGUGAUGAACAAUGGGGAUUUGCACUGCCCUCCGAAACCUGAGCCACCCACUGAGAUCGCGGGACAGAAACUUCAGCCCCCAGAAGGCCCCUCCUCGUUACCUCCAUGUUUACCCGCUGAAACUGCACAAAUUAACCAGGGAGACCUUACUGAUGCUCUUAUAGACACAGGAAAAAAUAACAAAGAAAGCUCUGAAGCCGGAGACCCUCUCAUCCGUCAGAAUUCCCCUGUAUCAGUUUACCUUUUCCCAGAAGAAAUUAAGUCAGGACAAAGACGUGAGAUGAUUUCUCAGUCACCUCCGCUGCCGGAAGCACGGGUCUCCCAGGAAAGCCUUGGCCUCUCAGACACUAGCGGCGAUAGUGAGCUGACAGACACCGAUGACUUUUGCAUCCUGGAUGCACCUGGUAUUGGUGUGCCACCUAAAGAUGGAGAACCUGUGGUAAGAAAGUUGGUGGAUAGUCCGAUUCUAGUCAAGGACGGGCAUUUUUCACGACCCCUGGGCAGCACCGACAUCCUGAAGCCACCGAGUAAAUUCCCUGUGCCGGAGACCCGGAUUGUGCUGCGGGAGAUAUCUGUCGUAUGGCACCUGUACGGUGGAAAGGAUUUUAGUAAUUGCAGAGCAAACUCAGCCCGGGCACAGUCACCAAGGUCAAGGACAAGUUUGCAGAGUGCCCGUGGUUCACCAUCACGAUUGUCUGUGACUAACCGCCCCCAAAACACAUGGCGGACACAAGGAGGCAGUGGGAGGAAUCAUGACAUACUAAUGGAGAUACAGCUGACCAAGGUGAGCUUUCAGCAUGAGUCUUAUCCAGCACCCUUUGGAGCAAAAACAGAGAUGGUCCAUGUAGGGGAACCGGAUGAAGUCCCUCUUGCCCGUCAGGUUUUUAUAGUUCAGGAGCUGGAGAUUAGAGACCGUCUGGCUACAUCACACAUCAACAAGUUCUUGUACUUGUACACCAGUGAAAAGAUGCCACGCAGAGCUCACUCCAACAUGCUUUCUAUUAAAGCGCUUCAUGUUUGUCCUGAGGCUGGAUUGGGGGGACCCGAAUGCUGCCUCCGAAUGUCCUUGAUGCCUCUAAGACUAAAUAUUGAUCAGGAUGCUCUCUUCUUCUUAAAAGAUUUCUUCACAAGUCUGGCAUCUGGGAUUCAACCUGUUGUUCCCUUGGAUUUGGGAUCAGAUGCAUCUCGCUUGGAUGAUACAAGCAAACCAAACUCUGAGACUGAUACGGGGUUAGAGACCUCUGCAGAGUCCAAUGACGAAGAAACCUCAUCUCAUAGCUCAUCAAGCGAUCAGCCCAUAUACUUCCGAGAAUUUCGUUUCACUUCAGAGGUGCCAAUAUGGUUGGAUUACCAAGGAAAACAUGUUACCACAGAACAAGUGGGCACCUUUGCUGGAAUAUUAAUCGGACUGGCCCAGCUGAACUGCUCCGAACUAAAGCUGAAGAGGCUUUACUGCAGGCAUGGGCUAUUGGGAGCCGAUAAGGUUUUCUCUUAUGCCCUUAAUGAGUGGCUGACUGACAUUCGCAAGAACCAGCUUCCUGGGAUCUUGGGAGGAGUGGGACCCAUGCAUUCUGUUGUUCAACUCUUUCAUGGCGUGCGUGACCUUUUCUGGCUCCCUAUUGAGCAAUAUCGCAAGGAUGGACGGAUUAUUCGUGGCCUGCAGAGGGGAGCAGCAUCCUUUGGUACCUCAACUGCAUCUGCAGCCCUGGAACUCAGCAACCGACUGGUGCAAGCUAUACAGGCUACAGCAGAGACAGUGUAUGACAUCCUAUCUCCAACACCGCCAGUAGCCCGGGGCUCAUUUGAUGUCAGACAGUCCCGUAAGCUCCGAAGAGGCCAUCAACCAGCAGAUCUACGAGAAGGUGUAGCCAAGGCAUAUGAUACUGUGAGAGAGGGUGUUAUCGACACAGCUCAGACCAUCCGUGAUGUAGCAUCCCGUGGCCAUGAACAGAAGGGCUUGACUGGGGCAGUAGGAGGAGUGCUGAGACAGAUCCCACCUACUGUAGUGAAGCCAUUCAUAGUGGCCACAGAAGCCACUUCAAACCUUCUUGGAGGAAUGAGGAACCAGAUCCGACCUGAUGCUCACAAAGAGGACUCUCAAAAGUGGAGAUCCGAUGAGGGACAGGACUGAAUAACAGCAACUUUCUUUAUGAAGUGCCAAAGGAGUUUUAAUCUGUGAAGAUGAUUGGGGUAUGCUGGAUCUGUGCUUCAAGUUUGGACAAAUAAUGUCAUUGCAAAACUAUCACAGACCAGUCAUAACUACCUUGUUUUUCUCCAUUAAACAGCCACUUAAUUUUUUCCCAUAAAAUUCUCUCCAUGUUCCUUUUUUCCAGAAGACUACUUUCUAAAAAUUUCCCUGUGAAUAUACUUAUUGGUCACAAAGAUAGUAACCCUUCCAGAUGUUUAAUUUCACCAUAUGUCUCUAUGUAAUUAUUCUAUAAAACUGAUAACCCAUGCAGUGACUGAAUCUCAUGGCUGGGCUAAGCUAUUUCAGUGUAAUCACAAGGCAAUAUGGCACUUUUUUGGCCUUGUGUAAUGACAUUUUCUACCAAGCAGAAAGGGAAUCGGAGCACAGAAGUGACUGUUCUUUCACUGCAAGUGUCUCAAGCACAGCUAUACAUGGCCUCGCUCCUUUCCUUUAUAAGUUUUAUAUCCCUUUUCCCACUUUUAAAUGCUUAUAUUUCAACUCUGAGGCCAAAUAAGUAUAAAUAUAUAAAUAUGUAUAAAUAAAAACAAUGUAAAGAUU